AUGGCCGAAACACGGGCACCCAACUCGUUCGCCAAAUCCCUGACAGCAGUCUGCCUCUCAAAGAGGCCUCAGUGCUCACCGGGACAGCGACAAGAGGGCAAUUGCCCGCCAACGCUCCGGACCCCCAAAGGAAGCAGCAGCGCAGGCUGGGCGAGUAAUGCCACGGAGGCGCACAACAACGGACCGACAACACCGUCAGUGCGUGGGAUAAGAAGCACAUUUUUUCUCCGUUUACAAAAAAAGGAACACAAAAGGGCUGCGCGAGUGGAGGCAGGCACCGGGCUCAACCGACGGGGCCAAGGAAUGGCCGAAACACGGGCACCCAACUCGUUCGCCAAAUCCCUGACAGCAGUCUGCCUCUCAAAGAGGCCUCAGUGCUCACCGGGACAGCGACAAGAGGCAAUUGCCCGCCAACGCUCCGGACCCCCCCAAAGGAAGCAGCGCAGGCUGGGCGAGUAA